UUCUUGCGCAGUAGUUACGUAUUCGUUGUUUCCCCUGUUCUUUUUCUCGAGUCUUUUUGAAGGUCAGCUGUCAUGGUUAUGCAUGCUGUCCUCUCUCUCUCUCUCCACAUUUCUGCCAUGGGGUGGGUGGCUUUCCUCCAGUCCAGCAUAACUAACCCCACUAGCCACAAGAAGGCCGAUCGAGAUCAUUGGUCCUCGCCGCAGAGCAGAGCGGUGGGACUCGAUAGAUAGAUAAAUAAGAACGUUUGCCUUCUUCUUCUUCUCCACCACUCGGCUGUGAGCAUGUCGGUGAAUGGGCGGCCCCGUGUGCCUCCGGGCUUCCGCUUUCAUCCCACCGAGGAAGAGCUGCUCUGCUACUACCUGAGGAAGAAGGUGACGUCGGAGGAGAUCGAACUGGACGUCAUCCGCGACGUUGAUCUCAACAAGCUGGAGCCGUGGGACAUACAAGAGAAGUGCGGGGUUAAUGGCGCAGCUCAGCAGAGCGAGUGGUACUUCUUCAGCCACAAGGACCGCAAGUACCCGACUGGCACGCGCACCAACCGAGCCACGGCGGCCGGAUUCUGGAAGGCCACCGGCCGUGACAAGGUGAUCUACUCCAACGCCCGACGAAUCGGCAUGAGGAAGACGCUGGUGUUCUACAAAGGUCGCGCUCCACGCGGCCAGAAGUCGGAUUGGAUCAUGCACGAGUAUAGGCUGGAUGACCAUUCCCACCUCAUCCCCCGAUCCGACAUGUGUGCUGCCGUGUCGAUUGGAGAAGCGACGAACCAAGAAGAUGGGUGGGUGGUCUGCCGAGUGUUCAAGAAGAAGAAGAACUACCACCACCGCAAGGCCAUCGACGACUCUAAGAGUUCUGUCAAGACCCAGUUGCUGCGCCCGGGCGGCGGCGACGACGCAUUGGAUCAGAUCCUUCAAUACAUGAGCAGAUCAUACACGCGAGAAAGCCAAGGGACGAGCGACAACGCCGCCGACAGCGCUAGCAAUCUUAGGCCGAUCGAGACCGUCUUCGGUUGUGGCCUGCAAGAGAUGUUCAUGAAGCUUCCGCCUCUCGACAGCCCGACGACCCUCGGAUCACCCCCAAGGAACCUCCCUCCUGAUCGCUCCUCCGACGACCACGCAAGCCACAGGUCGCCGGCUGCGAUCCAUGCAGGCGUCGGCGACUGGGCUGCCUUCGACCAGCUGCUCGCCUCCCAGCUCGGUGGCCCUCGCCACCCAUCUCCCUCGUCCGCAACACCGCACGCUGAUGAUUACCGACACGGCGGGGACGGCGACCUCUGGAGCCUGACGGCGGCGGCGGCGUCACCGCUGCUUGACCGCAUCAGCCCCGUCUCUCUAUAGAGAUAACGCAAGCUAGCAAUGAGUAGCGUCAUGACCGAUCUCUCGCGAAGAAGUACAUACGAUGAUCAGUGAUACAUCGGUAGGACAAUAUGGUGUGUCUGUGAUGUACGUGCGGCUCCCUUUUUCAUGUCUGCAAUAAAACUCGGUCUCACGUUUGCCGUAAUGAUAUAUGGAGACAUCGUUAUCUCUGC